AUGUUAACGACGUACUCUCGCGGUCGCCGAAUCAACACCGGCGCAAGGGAAGCCCUGAAAUUCGAAGUGACCACGAUGGUCGACGGCACAGCCUGUCUCGGCAAAUCUACCCUACUGCAAGGCCUCAAGGACGAGGGGUACGCAGUGGUGGUAGGGGACUACUGCGAGGAUUGUAAGAAGCUCCCAAUCUUCCAGCAGAAAGGAGAUGACAAGUUCGUAGAGCUGGCAUACUUCUGCUUCCAGCUCAGCAAGGUGAGGAUAGGGUACCUGCAUGACAGAGGACCCCUCAGCGCCUUAGCCUACUCUUUAAUAAUCGACGUG